AAAUAUAUAUGGAAACCAACAGUUAGGAUAAAUGCGCUAGUGAGCCAUUUUCCCCUCAAGCCAGAACCGAUUUUCUAGUCCUUCACACAACGAGAUAGGAAUACGAGGCAACCAGUUAAUCAAAACUCUGCAUAACCUAUAAACUCAUUUAUGUUAGUUCCUUUCUUUCCUUCAAAACAGAUUUGUUUUGUUUGAACAUACGUUGCGAAACACUGGAAAAUGCCUUUAAUCAUAUUAACAGGUGUACCGUGUAGUGGGAAAACAACCCGAGCAGAUGAGCUAAAACUAUUCUUCGAGGAACAAGGCAAACAGGUGCAUAUUAUCAGCGAGUGUGAUCAAAUAGGGAAAGCUGGUUUUGAUAAAAACGACUUCUAUGCUGACUCCAACAAAGAAAAGCACAUUAGAGGGCUACUCAAAAGCGAAAUGCUCAAACUGAUUUCGCCUGCAAACGUUGUCAUUCUCGAUGCCCUGAACUACAUCAAAGGGUAUCGGUAUGAGUUAUUUUGUGGAACUAAAACGAACAGGAGCACCCAAUGCACCAUACAUACAGAAAUAAACAGAGAGCAAGCAUGGACUUUUAAUGAGAAUAGGCCGAAUGUACAAGAGAAGUAUAAUAGAGCGAUGUUUGAUGCUCUCGUGAUGAGAUACGAAGACCCAGAUGGCAAAAACAGAUGGGAUAGUCCCCUCUUUACUGUUUAUCCAGAAACAGACAUAGACAAACCAGCUAUUUAUUCCAGUCUGUUCAAAAAGGCCCCUCCGAAGCCAAACCUAUCCACUCAAAAUGCCCCUUUAAGCUCCACCAAUUACCUGUAUGACUUGGAUCGGAUCACUAAAAGCAUUACUGAUCUUCUUAUAGCGGCUAAAAACAAUGGUACUGAAGGACAGUUGGCAGUUCCUGGAAGUACUGAAUCUAUGGAUGUUCCUCAAGUCAGUGUGCAUCAGCUGGUGUUGUUGAGGAGGCAGUACAUCACCUACUCAAAAAUGCAUACGCCUGAUGUGGACAGAAUUCCCGACUUGUUUGUACAGUAUUUAAGAACUAGUUUACAACAGAGUUAG